AUGCAGGACGCCUGGACGGCUUGCAAGGUCGAGGAGAUCCGAGGGUCCGCGGACCGCAACGAAUGGAAGAAUUUCUUCUCUGUAAUCGAAGCUUUCUACGGUCCGCCAACCAAAGUCACCGCUCCUCUCCUCAGCGCCGAUGACAGUACCCUCCUGACUGAGAAGACACAAAUUCUACAGCGAUGGGCCGAGUACGUCCUCAGCCGCCCCUCCACUAUCUCCAACACCACCAUUGCCCGUCUGUCUCAGGUGGAGACCAUUGCCGACCUCGACUUCUCGUCCUUUCUCCGCGAAACCGUCAGGGCCGUGCAGCAGCUCUCCAGCGGUCAAGCGCCCGGAUCGGACGCAAUCCCUACUUAG